AACAUGCAUCUGCAGGCCUCCUACACCUACCUCUCUCUGGUCUCCUGUUUUGAUGGUGAAAAUGUGGCUCUGGAAGACGUGGGCUCCUUCUUCCUCGAGCUGGCUGAGGAGAAGCUUGAGGGUGCUGAACAUCUCUUGAAGAUGCCAAACCAGUGCAGCAGCCUCGUCCUUGUCCAGAAACCUUCCCAAGAUGAGUGGAGUAAAGCCCUGGAUGCCAUAGAAGCCACCCUGGUUCUGGAGAAGAACCAGAACCAGGCCCUUCUGGAUCUGCAUGCCCUGGGUUCUGCCCUCGCAGACCUCCAUCUCUGCGACUUCCUGGAGAACCACUUCCUAGAUGAGGCGGUGAAGCACAUCAAGAAGAUGGGGACCACCUGA